CCUACCAACAGGCGUAUGCCGCCCUUGCCCUCCACUAACCCACUCUUCUGCUGGCUGCGCCCAGCGCUGAACGAAGCAGAACAAGGCCCCAGCCAAGAGCCCGUUUUCGCCCCCUCCGAUGAUUCCAACACUUUCCCUCUCGCUCCUUCCUCCUCUUUCCACCUCAGUCACCUCUUCCUCCCCCUUUCACUCUCCUGUUGCUCUGACUUUCCCUCCCAAACCUCGCCCUUUCCCUCCUAUUUUUCCCCUCUCUUAAUUAUUUCCCUCACCAGAGACGCCCGAUUUCUUUUUGUUGGUGAUUCGAGGCUUUCGCUAGUACUCGAUUUUCUCAUCAUCACUCUUUCAGGCUCUCAUUUUCCCUCUUUCCUCCCAAAAAUCCAUUUGCGCGCGCGCCUUUGGCUGUUUGCGCACCCCUUGUCGCUGCAUUUUCCGAGGCGAGGCGACCCAACGCAUCCCCCGGUUUCGACACGACGCUCUCGUUUCUUCCGAGAGGGGCCUGGACACAUCACCCUUCAGCUGCUGCCUAAGCUCUUUUUGGCCACCCUCCAUCUGGGUUACGUCAGCAGUUCGCACGUCAGACCCACUUUUCUCUCUUUCACGAUCCUGACUCAUCAUUUCGUUUGAGUCUUGGAUCUGAUAACACUGGUUGCGACAUAGUCCUUUGUCGCAAUCCUCACAGCGUCCUCAUGUUUAACUUUUGGGCAUCAGGUUCACGUGCAGACGAGAAACCUGAAGAUUUAAAACAUCAAGCCUAUUUGCAACAGAAUCCCACGCCGUCGCCGACUGCCUCGCUCGGGCCGGCAUCGCCCGGCCUGCAUCCGUCGAAGCGGAAGCUUCAAGGCCUGGACGAUGUCGACGAUUUAAAUGACCACCACUCGGUGAAGCGUCGCAAGUCUACCGGCAGGGUCACUUUCGAAGAUGACUUACCACUGUUGAAGCACCAGGACCCUCUUGAUCGUGCUAGAGACGAAAUCCACCAUCAGUUUGGCGUAGAAAUCCUGCUCAAGCAUGAUGAGCUACGCCUGAUCAACCAGGAACUUGCCAAAUGCCAAAUAGCUCUCGAACAGCUGCGACGCUGCCACUUGAUCCCGUAUCCAACUGCCUGUCCCACUCCGGAACAGAUGCUCAAUAUUAGCAGUGGCACCGGCCCAGCGCUUGCCUCGUAUCCUGGUGAGAAGGUUCCUCAGUGGGCAGCUCCUUUUGGCGUCACUGAUGGUCCCUACGCUCGCCACUACGCCAAGUGGCUCAUUCCUGAUCCAUCUUUUGAUGGCAUUCAACCCGAAUGGCAGUUUACUGCAGAGGCAACUCGAGCUCGACACUCCUUCGCUGAUGGUCGCUCGACUCGCAAUAGUUUCGGUGAACCCGUCGCCGUGAGCCGCAAUGGGCGCCCAGUUCGUGGCAACGCUGGUGCAAAGCUUGCUGCACUCACCGCAGGCUAUCCACAGCCCAAGGACAAGGCCGGCCCUUGUGUUCUUAAGCGCGCUGAUGGACAGACAGUAAAGCUCGUCUGCUUGGACUGCCACCGUGAGAACUUCUCCAGCACGCAAGGCUUCAUCAACCAUUGUCGUAUUGCACACAAGCGUGACUUCAAGAGCCACGAGGAAGCUGCCGUCCACAGCGGCCAGCCUAUCGACGCUCCUGACGCCCCCCCUUCUGCCACAGCUGCCGCCGCCGCCGCCGCCGCUGCCGCUGCUUCUACUACAGCUACUGCCAUUGCCGGCGAGGAGAGAACCUCUGUAUCUUCUACUCCGACAUCCACGGCUGUGCAUCCCUUUGCCCGCAGCGAUAUGACCGAACUCCAAGCAUACGCGGCGUUGCGUUCCCGCAUUUCCGACUCGCUCAACAUGUACUAUCAGGGCAAGCUUACUGGUGUAUCUGCCAUUCCUUCGUAUAAAUCAAAGAUAAAGAAGAGCUCUGCCACUUCCAAGUCUUCCGAGACGCCUUACCUCGACCGAUUUAUGCAAGGCCGUAAGCUUGAUGGCAAGCUGGACGAUAUUGUGACCGAUGCAAAGAAGCAAAUUUCAAUUGACGACAUUGCUUUGGACGAAUAUUCCGAUGAGGGAGACGAUACUAUUACUCCUCAACCAUCAACACCUAACGUCACUCGCACGCCCGGAAAAUCAUCCAUCACACCUCGUCCAAUGAGUGCCAAGGGACGCUCUGUCAUGUCUACGCCGUCCGUUGCAACUCAACCUACACAGGCAUCCAGCUCACCACUUUCCGACGAAGACAUGGGCUUGAGCCCAACUGCUCUUACCAGCAACAACGCACCAUCUCUGGUUAGCGACGACGGAGAGUAUGACGACUCUGAUGACGGAUCAUCAAUGUCCGAGGGGAGUGAAAGCCUCGACGGUGAAUCCGUUUCUGAUGUUGCUGAAAUCACUCUGGAUGAAGAGAACGAGGCCCGUUCACUGCGUCGCGGUUCUGGUGGUGGACCCGUACGUAUUCAGAAGGAAAACAGCAAGCAGGUCACCUUUAUCAGCCCGGUCAAGAUGAACACGCGGAGAGGACGGCCUCGCAAGGCCUAGUCACCGCCUGCUCUUCACGACUCGGCCUGUACCAUCUUAAGCCGCAGUUUUGCUGCGCAAGCAACAUUCAACUACAUUCAACACACCUCACUGUUUUAACACCAUACUUGAUUUUAUUACACAUUAUUAUUACUUUGAUUAAAGCCGAGCGUCGUGAGACGUGCUCGGGUGACAAAAUAUUGGUUGGGAUACCUUGGCUUUGAUUCAUAUCUUGGAGCGCGGAUUGAUUGGCGUUUAUCGGCGUACCUCUGGAACAUUUACACAUUGGAGGCCUGUUUUCUUCUUUUUUUUGCUUGUGUUCAUAUUAGAAGCUUUUGGUUUUUGCGACGCGGGCGAGCUGAGUUGGUCUGGUGUACCAUUCUUAGCCUGCUACCUGAAGAGGUGAAGCCGUAGCUCUACUC